AUGGCUCCAGCACCUACUGGACAGCACUCCCAUCGGAGUACAACAAAAACGACCCAUAAAGCUUUUAAGUCAAGAAAGGCUUCUAAAGGUGCAUUGAAGGAAUUGUCGAAAGGCAAGAUCCAAGAUUUGAGUCACCGAAAAUCUCCUCACCAACAACUUAUGUCGAAAUUUGAUCGUCGUAAUCAAGCCCGUCAAAAGCAGAAUACAAAACAUAAGGAACAUCAGAGGGACUUGAAUGUUUUCCAAGGACGUGAUGGUGCACCAAGAAUUGUAGCUCUCGUACCACUAUGCGACGAUGCAAAUGCUGCAGCUGCAGUUCGAAGUUUGACCGGAAGUCUGGACGUUGAGAUUGAUGUGCCCGAAGAAGGAAUUGUGCGUGCCGAUAUCGACAGAUUCAAGCAGAAGGUUCAAUAUAUUAUCACCAAGAAAGAGUUGUUCAGCUGCAUGAAUGCCAGUAGAGUGGCGGACUUUGUAGUCUUUAUUUUGUCGCCGGAACAGGAAGUCGAUGAGUUAGGUGAACUUAUCAUCCGCAGUGUGGAAAGCCAAGGAUUGUCGACUACUUUGACUGUUGUACAAGGACUUGACAAGAUUGAGCCACCCAAACGAAGACCUGGAAUUCUUUCAUCGCUCAAAUCAUACGUUCAGCACUUCCACCCUGACCAAGAAAAAGUACACAACCUAGACUCAAGACAAGAAUGCGCCAAUUUGAUGAGAUCAUUAUGCACACUAGGCCCGAAAGGAAUUCGAUGGAGGGAAGAAAGAAGUUGGAUGCUUGUUGAUGAAGUUCAAUGGCCAACAAACGAGCAGGAGAAUGUCGUACUGACUGGUUUUGUCAGAGGCAAGGGAUUGAAGGCGGAUAGAUUAAUCUCAGUUGGAGACUGGGGCGAUUUCCAGAUUGAGAAGAUCACAGCUGCGCCAUUGGCUUCUAAAAAGAGGCGAACCGAUGAAAUGGCUACAGAUGAUUCUAACGAUGAGACCAUUCUUGAAACACCCGGUGAAGAUCAGGAUGAUCUCGCGGAACUUGCGCCUGAAGGAAUUAUGAUGGAGGACGAUGAGGAUGCCGCCAUGUCCGUUGCCCCAACAGAGAAACGAGGUGUACUUCUUGAUGAUCACCACUACUUCUCUGACGAUGAGACGCAUUUGCCUGCUGCUCCAAAACGACUUCCUAAAGGUACAUCCAACUAUCAAUCAGCAUGGUUUCUCGGAGACCAUUUCUCCGAUUCAGGCUCCGAUAUGGAAGAUUUUGAUGACGAAGAAAUGACAAUGGACACACCUGCUCUUCCUCAAGAUGGAGCUGAAGGUCUUGCACCAAGAGAGCCUACAGAAGCUGCUCCAUCAGAAUAUCCACAAUCAGAGAUGUUUUUGGAUCCCAAUCCAGAUGAUGAAGCGGAGGCAGAGCAACUAGCUGCUUUCAGAAGACGUAAAACCGACGAGGCAGAAGAAGACCGGGAAUUCCCAGAUGAGAUUGAGCUUCACCCAAAUGUUUUAGCACGUGAGCGUCUUGCAAAAUUCCGUGGUCUAAAGAGUCUGCGCACCAGUCCUUGGGAGGAAGCUGAAGACAGGGCAUAUGAACCAGAAGAUUGGAGACGCCUACUCCAAGUACCCGACUACAAAUCAUCUCGUAGCCAAGUCACUCGUGAGGCAUUAGUCGGUGGAGUGGCUGCAGGAACUAGAGUUCAUAUUCACCUUCGUAACGUACCUAGUUCGUUACAAUCAACAUAUAAUGCUUCUCAACCUCUGAGUGCAUUCUCUCUUCUCCGCCACGAACACAAGAAGGCUGUCUUGAACAUCAAUUUCACCCUCAGCUCUGAUUAUCCUUCUCCUGUCAAAUCAAAGAGCGAGAUGAUUGUGCAAUGCGGACCUCGCCGCUUCGUUGUCAACCCACUUUUCUCUCAAGGUGGCAACACCCCCAAUGACGUUCACAAAUUCGAUCGUUUCCUCCAUCCCGGUCAAUCAACCGUCGCCUCCUUCAUUGGACCUCUAUCGUGGGGUUCUAUUCCAACUUUGUUCUUCCAAAAACCUUCCGAAUCCGCGCCAUCUUCCGCGCCUCUCCUUUUGAUCGGUACUGGUACAUCACUACCACCAUCUACUUCUCGAAUUAUUGCCAAGCGUAUCAUUUUGACUGGUCACCCUUACAAAAUUCACAAGAGACUCGUUACUAUCCGUUACAUGUUCUUCAAUCGCGAAGAUGUGGAAUGGUUCAAGGCACUCCAAUUAUGGACUAAGAGAGGAAGAAGUGGUUUCAUCAAGGAGAGCUUGGGUACCCAUGGAUACUUCAAGGCGACAUUUGAUGGUAAGAUUAAUCCUCAAGAUGCCGUGGGAGUUAGUCUGUACAAGAGAAUGUGGCCAAGAAACGCGAGGUCUUGGGAUCCAGUUUCUGAUGGACUUUUGGAAGAUUCGGCAGGAGACAAGGAUGUCGCCAUGGAAUAG